GGCAGGUCCAGUCGAGCCAAAAUGGCGGACUUUGAGGAACAGCUUUCCGACGAGGAGAAGGUCCGUAUUGCUGCAAAUUUUGUCAUCCAUGCUCCCCCCGGAGAGUUCAACGAAGUAUUCAAUGACGUGCGGCUACUGCUCAAUAAUGACAAUCUGCUCAGGGAAGGGGCGGCUCAUGCCUUUGCCCAGUACAACAUGGAUCAGUUCACACCUGCUAAACUUGAUGGACAAGAAGAUCAGGUAUUGAUCACAGAGCAUGGAGAUCUCGGUCAAGGCCGGUUCUUUGACCCUCGCAAGAAACAGUCAUUCAAAUUUGACCACCUGAGGAAAGAGUCGAGUGACCCUCAAUCCUAUGAGGGCGAGGCAGCUCUCAGGCUGUGGAGGGAUGCUUGCGACGAAGCUCUGAGGGCUUAUGUCAAAGACCACUACCCCAGUGGAGUCUGCACUGUUUAUGGGAAAACCAUUGAUGGACUACAAACCAUCAUUGCCUGUAUCGAGGGUCAUCAGUUUCAACCCAAAAACUUCUGGAAUGGGCGCUGCCGUUCGGAAUGGAAGUUCUCCAUUUCUCAGGCCACUGCUCAGGUGGUGGGAGUGUUAAAGAUCCAGGUUCAUUACUAUGAGGAUGGAAACGUACAGCUAGUCAGCCACAAGGACGUGCAGGAGUCUUUGAUUGUCACUAAUGAGGUCCAGACAGCCAAGGAGUUCGUCAAAAUCAUAGAAAAUGCUGAAAAUGAAUAUCAGACGGCUAUCAGCGAGAACUACCAGACCAUGUCUGACACCACCUUCAAGGCCUUACGCCGGCAGCUCCCUGUCACCCGUACCAAGAUCGACUGGAACAAGAUCCUCAGCUACAAGAUCGGCAAAGAGAUGCAGAACGCUUAGAGACAUGGCAUGCCGCUGCUCCUGCUCGCGUUACAAGCAAAGAGACAAGCUAAGAGAGGCCCAUAUGUAAACCUGAGUUAAGGGGCAGGGACAAGACACAUGGUCCUUCGAGAAGUGUGCUAAAAAAAAAAAGUGUCUGUCCUUAUAUUUUUGUUUUUCAAAAGCCACGGUUUGACCUCAGCUGAAGAGACUGCCUCCUUUUGUGUAUAGUAGGAGGGCUUCAAGCUUGUUUUAAUGGGUUUAGCAAAGGUUCUUGCUGUUGAACAAAUACCUCCCAUGACACCAGUGUACAGAGUCAGAAAUAGUCCCCCUAAUAUCUCAUAUACGCCCUCUAGAUCACUGCUUCAAAUGCUUUACACACUGAAUAAUUUAAUGCUGCUUUGCAGCUGCACUUUUCCCAGAUGAUCAAUUGUGUUUUUUGUUUACUAAAUUUGGCAACUCAACAGUCCAAAGUUCCAUCUCAAGUUGAGUCAGAAGAUAUCAUUAUUUAAAGGGAUAGUUCACACAAAAAUAAAAAUUCCGUCAUCAAUCAUUUUUGAGUGAACUAUCCCUUGAACAGUAUGUAGCCUGUCAAAGCUCUCCGCUCUGCUGAGAGAUCAUUUUGAUUUCAGUUUAGCAUCGCUUUGCUGUUUGUCAACACAAUAGGUGCCAUCAUAUAUGAAUGUGCUGUCAAUUGAUCAGAGAUAGGGUUGUGCCAAAGUGAGUGUUGUAUUUAUACAAGUCAUUUCAGGUUACUUUUCUGUGUGGAUAUGGUCUCAUCAUCCUACUCUGGUGUCUAGAAUGGUAUAUAUGCUGUAUGCAGUUACACAUAAUAUUUGUUACCCCUCACUUCAGCCUUCUACCCUAGCUUUUACUGCUAUCUAUUUUUUACAAAAUGUAAGAACAAAUAUGAUCCCAGAGGAAUAAAUGAUUUGC